AUACUAACGAAUUUUCAGAAAUCGACAUUCGUUUUCGUGAUUGGAUGCUUUCUUGUAUUUUUCUUAGCCAAGUAAUCUAUGCAAAUCGGUUGAUUUACGUGGAAAUGGUGUAAUUUCAAUUUUCCUCUUAUCAAUUCUCUCGGACUCGCUUUUCAAAUCCUAUCCCUUCUCAGAAACAGCGGAAUGUCAGCAGCCAUUUCUUACGUUCCAACCUUUCGAUUCUCUCCGUGUUUUCCUUUUCGCUUAAAAUCGCCAAAACCCAUUUCGUUUCCGGAAUUUCCCACCUCGGCAUCGGUUUUUGUUGGUGGGUUUCUCUCAAGAAGAUCUGACUUUGAGAAAUUCAAGUGUCUGGCGCAGAAAGAGAUGAAUGAGAUGAGGAGAAUUUCUUCUUUCGGCAGCCAUGAGGAUGCUGAAAAUCGUGGGUUUAUGGAAAGUGACGGGUCGUCGGAGCUUACACGCAGCUUAUGGUCUGGUGGAUUGGAAUCAGCUCUCAAUCGAUCGAGCAAGUGGCUAGUUGCUGCCCUUUUUGGGUCUGUCAUUAUUUUGAAGCAUGAUGCUGAAGCCUUGUGGGCCGCAAUGGGAGCAGUCUUAAAUUCCUCGCUCUCCACUACUUUGAAGCAGAUACUUAACCAGCAGCGACCUGCCUCUGCUUUGAGAUCUGACCCUGGGAUGCCAUCUUCUCAUGCACAAUCCAUCUUCUAUAUUGCAGUCUUUGCUGUCGUUUCAUUGAUCGAGUGGCUAGGAAUCAAUGCACUUACACUGACUUUUGCAGCACUUAUCUUGAUUUGUGGCGCAUAUCUUUCAUGGCUACGAGUCUCGCAGCAGCUUCACACCGUCAGCCAAGUCGUUGUGGGUGCCACAGUGGGAUCCAUUUGUUCGAUCCUAUGGUUCUGGUCAUGGCAUGAAUUCAUGUUGAAAGCAUUCAAUUCCUUUCUAUGGGUUCGGAUCGUUGUGCUUUUGGGAUCGGCAAUCUUUUCUGUGGGCUUCUUGUUGUAUGUGAUUCGAAAUUGGCUUGUGGAAGAGAACUAAGGUUUGUAAAUGACCAGAUGGUGUAAGCCAGUGUAAAAUAUUUUAAUUUUUAAAAUCAACACCUAAUCUUUUGAGGUUCUGCUCA